UAGACGCCUCAGCGCUCCCUUCAUGUGAACAUAAUGACAUCAUGUGUGACUGCAGUGCAUCAUGGGUAACACAGAGAGCGUGGUGGUGCAGAAGCGUCUGGCCCGUUUCCGCCCCGAGGAGCGUCCUGUCGUCGAGGGAGUCUUCGACCGGCUGCAGGGUGGAGCUGGAGGGCCUGCAGGGAAAACGCUGACGCUGGAGAUGCUGCAGGUGAGACUGUUGAACCCUCUGAACUCUGUCCCGUCACAUUUUCCUCACUGUGGGUUCAAUUUUCACUGCAAUAUAAAGACCUCCAUGGAGACAGGAAGAAGAAGUUCUUAUUUCCUCCAGGACCUGGUGUCGGCUGUGGUCCAGAUUCUGGUCCAGAGGGGGCGCCUGCAGGGCUGGAAGCCCGACAGGAUGGCUGACGGGUCUGUGGGGGUGCAGCUGCUGUCGGAGCAGAUGUGUUCUGAGCUCAAGCCUUCAGACCAGGGCCUCUGUGACGUGUCCUGCCUGGAGGACUGGAUCUUCAGGGUGCCCCAGGUGUCCCUGUACCUGGAGCUGCUGGUGGCUGAAGGCCUGGAGGUGGCGCUGAGCGGCCGGCCGACUCCGACGCUGCUGCCGCCCUGCAGGGAGACGCCCUGGAAGGACCUGAGGAGCCUGCUGGACCCGCCCACCCUCAUGUUCCUGGCCCCACAGGCGUCCAUGGGCAGCGUGGCUCCAGACUCCAUGGUGAGGAGGAUCCACCGCUGCCUGAGCAGCAUCGACGCCGGGGUGGCGGCGCCGGCCGGGAAACCCAACCAGUCUGCGGCGUCCGGAGCGGGUCGGGAGCAGCUGGUGGUCUUCCUGGCCGACGUCCUGCGAGGAACGGCGGAGGAGCGAGCCCCUCUGGUGAUGGCCAUGUCCCAGCCGGCCUCGGGGGCAGCAGCCAGCGGGGGGCAGGUGGUGGAGGUGAGCGGGGCAGAAGGUGACUCCAGAUGCUUCCUGUUCACUGUGUUCCCCAAGCUGAGGGUUUACACAGCGACCGGAUACAACCAGCACUUCAUGUACCUCAACCAGAACCAGCAGACCAUGCCCAACGGCCUGGGUAUGGGCGGGCAGCACGGCUACUUCGGACUCUGGCUGGACAGCGACUUUGGCCGCGGUCACAGUCGAGCUCGACCCAAAUGCACCACCUACGGCAGCCCUCAGCUGUCCGGAGACGAGGACUUCACCGUGGACUCGAUGGAAGCCUGGGCCGUGGGGAAACCUCCAGAACCAGAGGAGGGUGACGACGAGGCGGGGGGCAAGAGGAGCAUCCUGGACGUGGAUCCCGAAGUCCAGGCCAUAAUGGAGAUGACGGGGAAGACGCUGCACAGCCAGGGCCUCCGGGAGCCGGAGGAGGACCAGGACCAGUGACUGAGAGCUGACACCGACACACACACACGGUUUUAUUUCUUUUCCUGCUGUUCCCUCAAACCCUGCUGCUGCUGGUCAGUGAAAGACUUGAAGCCGGUUAUUUCCUCCUGAGCGGCCGAUCCGUGAAGUCAUUUCUCUCUGGGCGUGUUGACACUUCAGCCGCUCGGCAGAAGAAAACUCGCUAUUAAAAUCGCCGACACAGGAAGGUGAGAGCAGCGGAGCAGGGCGGGUGAGUUCAACCACACAUUUACAUGCAGCAUGUGACUGAACGACACGUCUGUGAGGUUUAUGUUUCAUCUGAGAAGCUCACAGAUGUUGUUCAGGAAGCUGCAGUGGAUGAUGAAUCUACGGUGAUAAAGACAUCUGGUUUUACAGACUGGCUCGUGUCCUCUGUGUGGAGCUGAUAAACCAGCACGAGUGAGACAAAUAAAGAAAAAUGUGAAAUAUUGUGAACAUAUAAGAGAUGCUGUAGGUUUUAUUCCGUUGCUCCGGCAGGUCUGUGGUGGAAUAUGUGACGGAUUUAUCAGGUUUAUGUGUUAAAACAGCUGGAAACUCUGAAAAACAUCCGGUUUGGUGUUAAUAACGUCUCCAGACUUCAGUAUUGGUGAUUUUUUUUUUCUCUACUUUUGUAUUAUUAUGUUUUGUUUCCUCUCAUUCAUGUGAGCUUUUAUUUAUUCAUUUUAAGCAAGCUAGGAAGGGAAUUUAAACAUUUUAUAUCCGCAACAAAUUAGUCAGUGUGACGUGAGCUUAAUAAUAGAUGUUAUAUAUACGAUGAUGCCAUUAGAUUAGUAGAUUAAAAAUCCCGUCUCGCUCACUAAAAAUCGUCUUUACACUCGACUCACUCGCUGUAUUUACUUUAAUCGAGACAGGAAGCUGACAUUCAGCGUUUUUCUGAUUAUCUCUGUUUUUAUUUUCUAAAAACUGAAUCCAGUUGAAGUAAAUGAAUCUAAAAAUGCACGACACUGUGAGUUCGAUCAACUUCCUGCCCACGGCUCCGUCUGAUUGGUUACACGCUCCGAGUAGCGACCAAUCAGCACUGAGGGAUAAAUAUUUAGUAACAAUAAACAUCAGCACAGUUUUCUUUUGGCUUAUUCUAAACUUUGACGCCAGGAGUUUCAGCUCUACUGCAAAUGUGUAGCAAAUAUCAGUUAUUGAUCUCCUUGAUUGCUAAUAAUCGGUAUUGAUAUCAGCCGCAACAAAACAUAUGAAACAAAAUAUGAAGUUUAAGUUAAACCUGGAACAAAUUAACCGUCACAUAACCCUCAUGUGUGCGUUUCUAAUCACACAACGGUAGAAAAAGAAUUUAGUGCAGCUUCUACAAAAAGUUUAUUUACAAUAAGUUGGUAAAAUAAAAAACAUUUUAUUGUUCAGCAUAACCUCAACCUGUGGCGACGUGUUGCUGCAACACCUGGAAAAAGAACUCAGUCAGUGUCAUAACGGGAGAAUAUUAUAGUUACAACAGGAUGUCUUAACAUUACUACAAAAUAAAAGCUUGUUAAAAUGUGAAACGUUUCAUAUGAUCACUUGUUUAAAUGAGGAAAUGUGUGAAAAAUGGCUCGUCUGCACAAUUUCAUGAUGUUUUUUUAUGUUUGGGUUGAAAUAUGUUAUUGAACACACGGAUGAUACUGUUUUUAAAAUGCAAUUUAACACAAUAUCCUCCAUCAUAUUCAAUUUAUUCACUAAAACAUGACAGUUUUAGAGUGUAAUCGACUGUUAAAUAAGUGCACAGUGUGUGUUUUGUGAAUUAAAUCUGAAUAAAUUCAACCCUAUCGGCUUUAUACGACUCAAAACUUGUUGACUUUAAAUUUAAAAAUAAAAAACUGUGAUUGUUGUGGGGUUUGUGUGAGGAAAAGCUUAGUGAGUGAUAUUCAUGUGUGUUUCCCUGUAAAGUCGCCUGUAAUAAAGUGAGAGGAUCCGUCUACUGAA